AGAAACCUACAUUACCGGCCUGGGUCUUCAGACCCGGCCCACAGAUUUAGCCAUACGUAUCUCGUUAGUAAAUGAGAAAGGUAACCAAAGGAAACCCUCCGAGUCCACGCUUCUACUCUCAUUUACAAGCGUAUCCGAAAUAGCCCGCCACCGACUGACCAAGGCCACCAGGAAUUAGGACAUAACGCAGCUUUGAUGGGACGAUGUGGGAGAACAGCGUUUAUUUUUGUGGCGUCCAUAUGCACGGUGAAAAGGUUUAGACGUGAGCCUGUUUUAUAUACAGGUUGGUUUUUUUUAAAUAGAAAUUUACAAAACAAGCUUCGGUCAUGUUUGACACCUGACCAGUCCUCCGUCCAUUUUCGCUGAGCGGACAGUUUCACGAGAGGGAACUUUCUGAAGUUUCCCGUUCCUCGGCUGGACCCAAAGGGAAUCGUAGUUCGGUUCUUCAUAAUACAACUACCAGUUUUUUCCUCAUAAUUUAUCCGAAUAAGGAAAGCGAGACGGCGACUUCAGUUGAUUACCUGUCUUUUCUUCGGUAUCCAAUGGAUAUUCACUGCAAAGCAGACCCCUUCAGCGCGAUGCACCGGCAUGGGGGAGUGAACCAGCUAGGCGGGGUGUUCGUGAAUGGCAGACCCCUACCUGACGUGGUGCGCCAGAGAAUUGUGGAGCUCGCACAUCAAGGGGUGAGACCCUGUGACAUAUCCAGACAACUGAGGGUCAGCCACGGCUGCGUCAGCAAGAUUCUGGGCAGGUACUACGAAACCGGGAGUAUAAAACCUGGAGUAAUUGGGGGAUCCAAGCCAAAGGUCGCUACGCCAAAAGUAGUGGAUAAAAUAGCGGACUAUAAGAGACAGAAUCCCACCAUGUUCGCCUGGGAGAUUCGAGACCGUCUGUUGGCAGAGGGGAUCUGCGAUAAUGACACAGUUCCCAGUGUCUCGUCCAUAAACAGGAUCAUUCGGACGAAGGUUCAGCAGCAGUACCACCCUUCUCCAGAUGGAACCUCCCUCUCCACAGCGGGACACACUAUAGUCCCUAGCACGGUGUCCCCUCCACUUUCAAGUGGAUCCAGUGAUCCAGUGGGCUCCUACUCCAUCAACGGCAUUCUGGGUAUUCCUCGCUCCAAUGGAGAGAAGAGGAAAAGAGAUGACGAUGGUUCAGAGGGCUCGGGGCAGAACAGUGACUCCCAGGGCAGUGUGGAGAGCCUGAGGAAACACCUCCGUGCAGAUGCCUUCACCCAGCAACAGCUGGAGGCCCUGGACCGAGUGUUUGAGCGGCCGGCCUACCCGGAAGUGUUCUCCAGCUCUGAGCACAUCAAACCGGAACAGGCCAGCGAGUACGCCCUCCCGGCGCUGAACGCGGGCCUGGAUGAAGUAAAGCCUGGCCUGGCCUCCAGUAGCUCCUCCUCUGACCUGGGCUCCAGCGUCUCCCAAAGCUACCCUGUAGGCAGAGAUAUGGCCAACACAACCCUACCUGGCUACCCACCUCAUGUGCCCCCUGCUGGCCAGGGUAGCUACCCGGCAUCCACCCUGGCUGGAAUGGUUCCUGGGAGUGAAUUUUCAGGGAAUCCCUACAGUCACCCACAGUACACAACAUACAACGAGGCCUGGCGCUUCAGCAACCCAGCCUUACUAAGUUCCCCUUAUUAUUAUAGUGCAUCCCGAGCUUCCGUCCCCCCAACUGCUGCCGCUGCCUACGACCGCCACUAGUUAUCGCGGAAACCGAACCAGACACCAAAUCCAUAGCCUCGGACUUCAUAUUGUGCCAGUGUGAACAGUGCAGCUGAUCGGACAGAGGCCUCCUUCAUAUCACAUGAUGAAGAACAGGCCAACCAGGAUGCCAGACGGCUAACCCACAUUCAUCCAUCCGAAUACAACAGGCCAACUGUUACAGUGGCCGUACACAUCUCAAAGACUACCAAAACUUGAUUAAUAAUUCUUAGUCAAGUAUAAGAAUUAUUAUAUAAGUGGCAGAACGCAGAUGAGGUGAUUUUUUUAAUGAGUCAAUGCAUUUUGGUUUCUGUUUUUCAUAUUUUGAGUUUGGUCUUUGGAGGAAAAUAUUUCUUUUCUGUCUUGCGACAGUGAACUUUUCCUUGCUCGUACAUUUCUUGUUCUCUCUCUCUCUCUCUUUCACUCCCCCCUCUCUGUCUUUCACUCUUCCCCACCCCCCUCUCAGCUGUGCAAUGCAAGAUCCAGUAUCAUUCAUCUGGACCUACAGCUUGGUGCUUCUCCGCACGCAAUUAAUACACUCAUGCUUAACAUAGAGUUAAACAUGCAUCUAAACUCAUCCUGUAAACAACUCCUUCAGAUUAAGCCAUGGAAGGACUACUGGAACACCUCCCCUUUGAAAAAUUACCAUACAUAAAAAUUUAAAUGAGAGGAUAAAGAGGUCAAUCCACAACAGAAGACAAGUCCACCAGAUAACCAGUUUCCAGAAUUAAUAAAUAUAUAACAUUUUAAAAUUCAUUUUUUAAAUUUUAUUUUGGUUUCAUAAUUUUGAAUGGUUAAAUGCAGUACACAUGUUUAUUUUUUGCAGUGUUAGUUGUCAAAGUACUCUGGAUUUGGCAACACCAUGCAUUCCUGUAUCAUUUUUGCACCACAAAUAUUCCAAUAUCUUAAAGAGAAAUUAAGAACAGAAGAACAGAAGAAAACAAUAUAGUUUGAUAAAGAAAAAAAUUCAACAAAGCUCCAAAAGUGGUUCAAGAUAUCCUUUACUCAUGUGAUAACUGACAUUUCAAGAUUAAUUAUUUAGUUGCACUUUAGUUAUAAUUUAAUAACUAAGAAGUAGGCUUGAUGCUUAACAGCUCUUCAGUAAACAACAGUUGUUUCAUCCAAAGCUUUAGGUGCAAUUCCCUGUCCAUCCUAUUCCCAUGCACAGGAAAUCAGACAAGCUCCAGCAUUUGAUGGUGAAUAAUAUAUACAGUAAUUUUGUCACACUUGCCAAAGAUUAUUUGUUUGACAUUUUAUUUACAGUACAGUGUAUUGUGAUAACAGUAUUAUGGUAAAAACAAUUUUUAUGUAUGUAUCUAUGCAGAGUAAUAUGGCUGUCAUAUGGAUACAAAACUACUGAAAAAGAUUUUUAGUUUGUAUUUGAUCAUUAUUUAUGUUAGUUUUGUUGUUUUGCUAAAGUUUGUUGCUUUAUUUUACUACUGAGUCAAAUAAUUUUCCCUCUGUAAAUACAGUCAUGUAAAAAACAACAACAAUCACACAUGACCUUCAACUGUAUCAGGCUUCUUGGUGUCAUGCAACAGUUGUAGUGAUAACCUAGGGAGGACUAACAUCACUACAGGACAAUUGCACUGUUUAACUGAGUACCUAAAAAUUAUCUUUUGUUAAUGUAUGGGUUUUAUCCAUUUCCACUGGUUCAUCCAUCCAUUUCCUUCCUGGAAAUCUAUAUGUAUGUAUGAUGGAUUUUUGCAAAAGAUCUCCACCUAAAAGACAUACAGUUUUUUAAACAUAUUUUCCAUUUCUUCUGGAAUAUCCCUUCCAGGUCACAACGAUUCUGAGCACUGGGAGAGUAAGCUGCAUGCCUUUAUAAAUGGCGAUGCUGUAAGAAACACAGAAAUGUUUUUUUUCUACAAUAAUCACUUUAAUUGUUCAAAAUAGCAAUCAAAUGAAAAUCUCUAUACCAAUGUAUGAUUGUCUCAAUAACAAGAUACUUUGGGGAAAACUUUGAUAAAAAAGUACCUGAAUGACGCAACACACUGUAAAUGAGGGAAAGCACUGAACAAGAUUUAUGAAGGACUUAUUCCUCUGCUCUGAAGGAAGUGUGUCAAAUUUGAGCUUCACUUAGAAUCUGACUACUCCACUAACUGUUCAGUGUUCCUAAAUAAAUCCUCCAGUUCACAGUUUGUCAAUAACUUAUUAUUAAAUGCAGACUUGACACUUAAAAAAGAAAAGAUUGAGAGGUAAAGGAUGUCCUAAUCAUGAAGAGAUGCUGUCAGUUAUUUGACAAAAUCGUAUGACUUCAAUCAUUGUUUAAAUAUGAGUCUAAAUUUUUGUGCA